CUUACAUAAAAUAAUAAAUAUUAUUCGUAUUUCAACUAGAAUUAAAAUAGCAAGCACUAUGUAAUAUACAUAAUUCAUAUUAUAACACCUACAUAUUACAUAAUAUGUAUGUCAUAGGUACCUACAUAGGUAUAUAUUAUACAUUAUAUUAUGCGUGGUUGGGUGAAAAAUGAUAUUUUCACACGAACCGGAAAGGGCUGUACAUAUAUUUGUAAUCACCGUACGGUGAAUAAUUUCUCCAGAAUUCAUGAGAUAUUAUAUAAUUAUAAUACUUGUGUACCUAUAAAUCUAUGCUCUGCCCGGCGAGAGAGCACAUGCCGAGUCUGCGCAUUCCCUCGAGACACCCUGCCAUAGAGACCGGUUUCACUAUGACAGAGUGUCACGUGGGGAUGUGCAGAAGGACCGUUUUUCGUUAUGUAUUCUCUCGCAAGACCGAGUAUACUCUACAGUGACUAAAGAGAGUCAACGGUAACAAAGCUAUUUUUCGCAGAAUGAAUGUGUUGACCAUUAUUGAGGUCAAUAUUAAAUAUAUGUACAGUAAGUAUGAGCUGUAUAUUAUUUUACUUUUUGAUAUAUAAAAAUGGAUGGACACUGCAGAUAGAAAUUCAUAAAUCAGCAAAAUGAAUGCAGCUAUGACAUCUGAAUAUGCUUUUAAAGUUGUUCCUAUCAUUACAAAAGAUGAAAUUACCGUGAUUGAGUUUUUGCUACAAUAUUUUAUCCGAGAUGAACCGCUGAAUUCAUCUGUGGAGUUAAUAAAAGAGAAAGACAUCGCUAAGAAUUUUAAAAAUUACAUAAUUGGAUUAUUCGAUAAUGGUUUGGCGUUUAAAGCCGUAUCUCCUGAUGGAGAUUUAAUAGGCGUCGUCCUAAAUAAUCUAACGUGCAGAGUAGACGGUGAAAAAAAAAACGAAAGCGAAGAAGACACAAAAGAUCACACCAAGUUUAAUGAUAUUACGGCAUUUUUGGAUAAAGUCGAGCGAGAAGCAGAUGUGUUUAAAAAAUAUCCAAACGUAGAUCGUGUAAUGGACAUAAAAAUAAUUUCUGUAGAUGAAUCAUUUAGAGGCCAAGGAGUAUGCAAAGCUCUAAUUGAUAAGACAAUAGAGUUAGCGUUGGAAAAUAAAUGUCCAAUGGUUUAUGUCGAGUGCAGCAGUUAUUUUUCGGCUAAAGCAGCAGAGAGGCUUGGUUUCGAGUGCAUAUAUACCUUGUAUUUUCGAGACUAUUUGGAUGAAAAUGGUGAAGUCGUUUUUAAAACUCCUCCUCCUCACGAUUCUUCAAAGGUAUUCGUAUUACAUUUAAAAAAAUAAUAUCACAGCAAAUGCACACAUAUAUAAACAUAUUCAGUUAUAUCCCAAUAAUCAAUAAAUGGUAUAAAAUACCUAGUUGAAGCUUUUCAUGUAUACUUUCUGUCAUUUGAAAAAAAAAAUGAUGUAACAUAUAAUAUAUGGUAAUCGCUGUAUACUUACAACCAAAAUACUAAUCUAUAUAAUGUUUUAUUUUAUAGGAUUUAUGAGACUAUUAUUAUAAUCAUUAUUGUAUUGUUUAUAUAUAUAACCUAUAUUCUUUGUUUAAUUAUAAUAUAUUAUGUGUACUAAAUAGAAUGCUUAACUUUUGUCUUUUUGUAUAAUAUAUAAGCUCUUAUUAUACAGUACAUAUAAUAAAUAUAGAUAAGUCUAUACAAUAUCAUAUUACAUAUUAUAUACCUUUUCAUACCUUAGUAUGUUUAAAAUACUAUUAAGUUUAGUCCUCUCUGAAUCGGCUAAAUCCUUAUCCCUUUGAAUAAUUUCAAACACACUAGGUAUUUUCUAUACGUGUAUUAUAUAUUAUAAAACAUAAAUAAAUGAAAAUCCUAUUA